CGCGCCGGGGGCAUUGUCUCUGGCUUGGCAUCAAAGAUGCAUUAUCACACACUUCUCUUGCUCUUUCUUUGCGAUUGAUGGGUUUACAACAAACAAAAGGGGUGUCGAACGGAGUCCGGGGGUUAGCCAAAAAAGCAUAGACUUGGAGUCAACUUCAUUAGACGGCGUUGCUUGGUGUUUAUUAUUCAUUAGGGGGCAAAGAAGCGAUGCAUUAUUCAUUUUUCUUCGGUUUUUUUUUUUUUUUUUUUUUUUUUUCAGAUUUCAGAGAUGUGUUACUAGACCUGCAUUUUUCCUCCUUAUCUCUUGUGUCUUUAUCUCCCCGUCAUCCCCAUCAUGUCGAGCAGUGUUGGCACGGAGUUUUCGGAGAUACCCCCAACGAUUUAUUUUUGUUUUUCUCUUUUUGGGAGUGUGGAAAAACGUCAAGUCAUCAUUUGUCAUUACCGCCUUGCUUCCGGUCUUCCGAACACGUUCGGUUCGAAGGAAGCGAGGAGGGAGGGGUGAUGGCCUCCGAUGCGACGGCCCAAGCAACAACAAGCGCGCGCGGGGUAGAAAGAAGAAAUCUUUCUACUGCACACUGCAUACCCAUACCCUAAACGGUUCAGAUAAACUGGUUCGCGCCGGUGGCAGCUAUGAUGGAAUGAUCAAAAGAGAUGAUGGACAGGAUAGAGAGGGAUUAGGGAUGAAAGUUAGAAGAACAUUUAGAGCGUUUGCUAGAUUUUUUCACUCACAUUUCGAGGUAUAGAUAAAGAGACAUCUUACCAUCUCUCCG